AAACAUGUCACCGUUAAAUUAAUUUCGUGUACCGUACGCUUAGGAUCUUGUACUCGUGAUAUCAAGCAUAGCAAGCAUAUCAAGCAUUUGUUAUUAGUCCUGAAUUUUGAUAACGAAUAACAACGUUUGUAGUUUCCAAAUAGUUUAAUAAAUCUAGGAAAAUGGAACGUAACUUGGAAAAAACCAUGGAUGAUGUGAUCAACACUGAGGGGGUUAUCGGCUGCAUUUUGGCGGAUCACCAGGGUUUGUGUUUAGGAGCCAAAGGUAAAGCAUCAGGAGAUAGUGCUGGAUUAAUAGCUGCUAUAGCUGAUCAAGCUGCAAAACUGGAACCUGGAUCAAAAUCACCUAUUAUUUAUCUACAGAAUGAUACAAGACAAUGUCUCAUCCAUCGUCAAGGGCCUGUUGUUGCUGCAAUUUACAAACAGGUUUCAUCUUAGAAUCCCAUGUAAUUCAAGAUGCAUUGUAAAGAGCAAUUGCUGUAAUUGAAAUUUUUUACACUUGGUUCUGAGAACCUGCCUAGCAUUCAACUAAUAAUCUUAAGUUGUUAGUUAUGCAAUAAGGGUAACAGUCCCAGUAUGCAUAACAUUUUCUGUAUAUUAUAGUCAUUCAUAUUUCUAAAAAUUGAUAAUGGAAGAUGAAGAACUAGAGGUUACGUAAAAUAAAGAUAAUUAUUAACGUGUUUA